AUGCUCGAGAAAAAUGAAGUUAAAGGGAAGCCUAAUAUCGGUGAUCUUGAUAUGCUGCGUGGAAAUAAAUUUGAAGCGGGCGAUUCUAAAGAAAAACCUGCUAAGGUAGGAUGUCCCUGCAUGCCAAUGAGAAAUAAGACAUUUGAACAAAAGGGCGACUAUAAAAUAGAAAAUAAAGGCGGUCCAAUAGUAAUAAAAGAUAACAUAAAAGAAGGUAUUAAGGCUUAUUCCAAACCAAGAGAAAUUAGUAAAGACGGAAAAUGCCCUUAUUGUAAGGUUUGCUUAAAAGAUGGUAUAGGAUUUUCGUUAUUUACUAAAUUUAAUGCAUGUGUAAACAAAAUAAAAGGAUGGCCUACGAAAUUCUUUAAAGUAAAAAAGCCGUUGUUACCAAUAAUACCAAAAGCGCCUAAACUUAAACCACUCUUUAAUGUAUACUUAGAAGCUGAUAGUUUAAAUAUAAUAAAUAAAGAAGAAGUGACAGAAAAGGUCACACAGUUACACACAAGACGCGGCAAAGGAGCGACAAAAACCGGUGCCAUGAGAAAGAAACAUGGUAAGGAUUGUCAAUGUUGUUAUUGUCUUAAAGGCAAAAAAGACGCAGCAGCCGCAAAGAAAGCAAAAGAAAAGGCCGAUAAAGUCAAAGAAAAGGAAAAAAAUAAAAAGGAAAAGAAAAAACAAACUUGUGUGUGUGGAAGUGUUGCUUGUGCGAGGCAUGUACAAUUUUUAAAACGUUACAAACCACCAGAGAAGAAAGUUAUUCAACCAUGCUCUUGCGGUAGUCCUAUUUGUGACGAAGAAAUAGCCAUUAUGAACGCUAUUGCCGAAAAUCCCGGUGGGAUCAUGUGCCUUUGCCAAGAAGAAAUGAAGCGGAGAAAAAAAAUAUUAGAAAAGAAACAAAAGAAAGAAUAUGAAAAGAGACGAAAGAAAAUUUCGAAACAACAUUCCAAAGCGGACAAAAUACGAAGAAAGAAACGGCUUGAGAGCGCCAAGGUGAUGGAAAAAUCAAUCAAAGGUGACAAGAACGACGUCAUGUUAGUCGCGGAGUCUGUUGUGGAUGUAGCAAAAUUAGGUAUUACGGGAAUAACUGACGUCUUGCGUAUAAUGUACAGGUGCGCCAAGGACCCAAAACAUUCUUGGCGCACCGUAAAAUCCAUGGCAAAGGACCCAAGCCUCAUAGGCAAGACAUUGAAGGAAACCUAUAAUGAUAGCGGUGUAGCAGCCACUGGUAGGAGAGUCGGUAUGCGUUUGUCAGCCAUGGGUUCCGUUAAAGAGACUAAAAACUUACUGGAACAACAUCCUAUCACGAACUACAUAUUGCACAUAGCCGAUAAAGAUCCAAAGAAGCGGUUGCGUAAAGCCCGAAAGGUGAAACGCAAAGAACGCAUAGACUUCGGGUGCAAUCUUUACAUGAGCUCACUAAGAAAGAGACCGUUCAUGUUUAUAUUCGACAGGUGCCCUUCUUUCUAUCCGCACUGUCUGUCUAUUGUUAAUGUGUGGAAACAAUUCGCGGAAGUCGUGACAUUUCUACUGGCCGUCGUAGUCUGGAGUCCCUGCAUUUUCUGUAUGGAAAUUUGUAGAGCCGUAAUGUGUUGCACGCUCUGUACAGGAUAA